GUAACUGACUUGAUUGUCCGUUACUGAAGUUGUCCCAUGACCAAGUUACAGAAUGCCACCCAGUCCAGCAUCUAAUGCCGUUUGUUGUUUGGUUAUUUCAGGUUUGUUGUGUUUUGCCGAUUACAUCCUCUCCAGAUCGUUCUGUACCAAGCAGUUGUCAAAUCACAGUGUGUUUCGUCGAUGCUGAGUUCCAGUGGGACAUCUGGGAACCCUCUUCAAGCAAUUGGUAUACUGCGCAAGCUGUGCAAUCAUCCUGAUCUUCUCCGCAGUGUGGGUAGGUCCAAGGACGUGGGCGGAGAUGAAUGCAACUCGGCUCAAGAACAAGCGGCUCAGUCAAACAGCAGUGAGCUUCAUGCAAGGAUUGAAAGCUGUUUUGCUUCAGCGGGCAGAUCGGCUGAGGAGGAUGUCUCUGUAUUCUCUGGGAAGCUGGCCUGCUUAAAAAUGGUGCUAGAGUCCAUCUAUACGAGUGCAGAAAAUGGGUCUAGGGACCGCAUUGUUGUCGUAUCCAACUACACACAAACAUUGGACAUCAUUCAGUCGGUUUGCAGCUCCCAGGGAUGGAAAUUUCUCAGGCUUGAUGGGACCACGGAUGUGAGCGGCAGGCAGUCUAUGGUCAAUCGCUUCAACAGUGGGUUUACCGAGGAAUUCAUAUUCUUGUUAUCUUCCAAGGCAGGGGGAACUGGACUCAACCUUAUUGGAGCGAACCGUUUGAUUCUAUUCGACCCAGAUUGGAACCCUGCUACCGAUGCUCAGUGGGUGUGGGUACUCAAGAAGGACCCCACGGUCAAGCUAGACAUUUACCCCCCAUACGACAGCAGAUGGAGGCAAAUGGGUGCAAAGAGAAUGGAAGAUAAGGAGACAGGAUACAUAACCAAACCAAUGUUGGACGAAGCAAUCAUGGCGUACGAGCAGCAAAGAAUGGAACUCAUGGAUCAGCUUCAUAAGGUUGGGAAAAACGCAGAAAUGGCAUUUCUGGAAAAUGCAGAGGCAAGGGUUCAGCAGCAGGAACAGUGGAAGCCAAUUGGGAGCAACAUGGAGGAGGGGAGUGAAGGGCAGGGAGAAAAUAUGGAGUGUGGAGGGGAGGAGGGAGAAGGUACGGGGAGAAGCGGACAACCACUAAAAAGGAAGGAGUCGUCGGGGGAAGAAGAAGAAACGGAUAGCCAAGGAGGAGGUGCUCAGAAAACAAAAAGACAACAUAAGAGCACAACAGUGGAAGGGAGCACAACAGCCAAAUCAGGAGAGGAAGCUACGCAUGACACGGCGGGGUCGGGAGAGAAAGGAAAGGAGGGGGAGGGCAAGGAGGGGUCGCAGGAUGAUUCCACACCAUUGCUUGCUGAUAAGGAAAAGAAGGAAAGGGAGGAAAGAAGAAAGGGGAUGAAAAACAUAGAAAACAUGACCGAAGAGGAGAUAUUGCAAGUGGAGGAGGACCAGCGGGACGGUUCACAGGACUUGGAUCCAGAGGAUUCUACGAAAGAAGAAUCAGACCAGGAAAUGCCAGAGGAGGGGGAUUUGACUCUGGAACAGUGGAUACAGGAGGUGGAGCAACUGGAAUGGGGAAGGACAAUUGAAGCAGAGAUCAGCAAUGAGGGGAGGAGAGGAAGCAAGAAAAGAAAGGCACAGGGGGCGGAGGAACAGGGCAGCACGGCAGGCAAUGUGGAAGGAUCUCAGGACAGGCUGAUGGAGGAAGCGGAACAGCAGAGGAGGGAGGAUGAGGAAGAGGCAAAACAGGACCUGAGAAAGCAAGCGGCCAUACUGAUGGCCCAAGUCAAUACCCUCAAAGAUGAGAACAGGGAACUGGAGGAGGACAGGGCCAUGGCUAGAGUCUGGCGUGAUGGUCAGCAGAAAGAUGUCGUUAUUUACAGAUUUCUAUCAACAGGAAGCAUUGAGGAAAAAAUUUAUCAGCGACAAAUUGUGAAGGGUGAAGUUGCUGCGGCAGUCGCUGCAAAAGAUGGUGAUCGUGGAUCCAAAAAGGGCCAACAUUUCACGCGCGAGGAACUGAAGGAGCUAUUCCAACUUCAAACAGAGACCGCUUGUGACACUUACGAUCUUCUUUACCGCUCGCGAAUGCCGCAUGCUAUGCACUGGAAAGAUGUCUCUUCAGAUGUCAUAGAUCCUCCCCUUAAAUGGGCUGUGUCUGGUGGUACGGUAACAUUUGUACAUGAACAGACCGAGGAGACGAAAGCUGGCAGUGGCUAUGAUGGGAGUUUCUGUGAAUCUGAUCUUGGAGGUUUCGAACCAACAAGAAGUGGGUCAGCAGGGUGGUCUGCAGAUAAGGAAGAGGAUGACAGACCAGGUGAGGUGGAAGGUCCAGUUUCCUCCAGCACAGACGUUAUUAGUGAAGCACUGAGAGAUAUUGGGAACUUACAACCCCAGCAUAAUGUUGUUGCCAAGGUGGAGGAGAGCCCCCGGAAGCGCUUGAAGAGAGCGAGUGAUAAAUAUUCCUAUCCUGAGCGGACGGAGAUGCGAACUACCACAUCUGAUCCCUCUGAUGGGGCUGUUGCACAUUUGGCAGAAUCUGUAGAUAGUGAUAUCCUAGCAACAAGUGCUGAUUGCAGGGAAAAUGAUAGCGUCAAUGCUGACAAUGACUUUCAAGAGGAUGCUCUCAUCUAUUACAGAACAAAGAGAAAAAGUUCAGCUGUUACAGCUGUGUCAGCAAAUAAUACCAAGCAAGGCGAUGAACAGCCAGACGGCAAUGGAGGCGAUUUGGGCCUGUCUGGAGGCAUGAAGGCUGAUCCAUCCGACGGAGGUACUUCCUACAUGAGUAGAGAUUUGAAGAGCAGAGACACUUUGGCUGCUGACUGGGGGACUGCGUUUGAGGAUGAUAUGAUGCUUGCCGAGCUUGACAUAUCUUGCGGUUGCAGUGUGGAGAUGGAGAUAGCCCUGGCCAGCAAUGGCUUUGAUCCCCAAGAUCUAUGGUUUGCGAAAAAAUCUUUCCUGUUGGGGUUCUUAUUGGGCGUGCAAGAGGAAAAGGAUGCAUUCAGUCGGUCAAAGCUUGGUAGAAUCAUCGUCAAGGAGUUUAAGGGUGUUCCGUUGGACAGGGCCGCAGAAUUGGCAUUUCCAAUGGUUGCAGAGUACAUCGGCAGGCAUUAUGGUCACGAGUCCACAGCCUUGGCAGACCUGAUCUCAAGAUAUGAGGACCGGAGAGCUUUGUCUGCAACGGAAAACGGAAGGUUCCUGCUGCGACAAGUGGACGCUGAGGCUAAACGUGCAGCAGAUAAGGAGGAGUCAGACGAACAUCAGCCAUUGGAUGUGUUUGGUUUCACAAGCAAGGAAGGAGAGGCCCAUCCCAUCUGCAAUAAGCAGUCGGUCAAAACGAGCGCAUUUGAGGCAGCCUUUGCUUUCGCGAAGGACCUUGGCCGUGGCUCUUGGUAGCCGCCGUAGACCGUUGUACUCCGUGCUGUGAAAGUGGGUCACUGUCAUCAUGGCUUUCUGUUGUUUUCCCAGAAGGAAGAUUGCGGCUUUCAGGAAGAAAACAGAGGAGGCCGGAAACCACCAGCAAAAAAAAAAAGAGGAGAGGGGGGGGGGGGCGCACGUGGGGGCAAGGUAGUUCUCCUCGACUUCCAGCUUGGUGGCGAAAGAGACCCAGUCACAUGCGGACAGUAAAUGAAGUCAGCCUCCUGCAGCAGCCUAACGGCCAUACUCUUCUCGUUGACAUGGCACAUCAUCGCCGCGAUCUUGACGAGAGUUGGUGUCAAUAUAGGAGUACUCUUGGCGGUCAGAGUAGGUGGCGCAGUCGUCCUCUUGCAUUCUUGUAUUGCGCCGGCAGCUAAAUGACGAAGUAAAUCUCCCACACACUG